AUGGCGGGCACGAUCAUCAUCACUGGCGCCAACGGUUCUCUAGCAGGAAACACCGUGCAGCAUCUACUCACGAAUACGCCCGAUAAUACCUUGGUCCUCACCGUCCGCAACACCUCGGACGAGGACCCCAACACCAAGAAGCUACGUGCCACCAUUGCCAAGUUCCCGAACGCAAAGGUGUCUAUCCGCCAGCUCGACCUUGCCAACCUCACCGCUGUGCACGAAUUUGCCGACACCGUCGCUGCAGAGGCAGCCGACAAGAAGCUGCCCUCCCUCGCGGCCAUCGUGUGCAAUGCCUAUUAUUGGAACAUGGUGCGCGAUCCUGAGCUCUCCGACGAAGGCUACGAAAAGUCGAUUCAUAUAAACCAUAUCUCGCAUGCGGCUUUAGUGUUGCGACUUCUGGGUAGCUUUGGUCCUGAGGGUGGGCGGGUGGUUCUCUUCACUAGCGACGCACACGAGGAUGGCAAGAAUGGUCUUCAGAAGUAUCCACCUGCUCUGCCUGAUGGCCUUGACGCCCUCUUGAAGGCCGUGCCGGAGAGCGAUAAGCAGGGACGCGGCUUUCUGAACUAUGCCAACUCGAAGCUGGCUAUUCUCAUGUGGACGUAUGCGCUGAACCGUUAUCUCGAGAAGGACGAGGCACUGAGUAAGAUCACAGCAAUCGCAAUAGACCCAGGCAGUCUAGUCGACUCUCGCGCUCUGCGCACCAACACACCUCCGCUGGUGCAAUGGGUCCAGAAGCUGGUGCUUCAGCCCUUCAGGCCAGUGCUGCGCUUUGUGGACCCGUACAUACGUACAGCAGCCGAUGCAGGCGUUGAUGUAGCAGAACUUGCCCUCAACCAAGCACUUCCGGGCGAGCGUGGAUAUUUGAAAUUGCUCAAGAGGGAGAGCAGCUCCAAGGACAGCCUGGACGAGGUCAAGCAGGAGAAGCUGUGGGCGAAGACUCUGGAAUGGGCGAAGAUCACGAAAGAGAACACGCUGCUCGAGAGCGGCGUCUAG